CAGCAGUUCUGACCACUGGAAUCCAUAACGAAAGCCAUAAUCAACAAUGUGCAACCUGCUCCUCCCCACUGCCGCAUUGAAGAUGGCCCUGUUGGCGAACAAGAAGGAUACAUUCCUGAAGCAGCAUGCUGAAAUGAAUUCUUGGUAAGCCUCUGAGUGUGCCACAGCAGAGGUGCCCUUAGCCGUAAGCGUCCCAUACACUUGGCUGCCUGUGCCAGUGAGCCGUGCCUCCAGCCCCUCAGCGAACCAGUAGGCAAGCCGCUGUGUUGCGUCACCAGUGGGUGAGGCAUGCUGCUGGAUCUCCUUGAGCAACUCACCUGCCCUCCGGCGGUCAUCCAUCACCGCCUUGGCACAGUGGAUCAGCAGCGUGUGCAGGCACCAGCUUCGACCAAUCUGUCCGUCCUACUGACAUCAGCCUCCACCUCGUUGCUCCAGUCCUUGCGGCCCCUGCUGCUUUUCUCCUUCGGUUGGUCCUGCUCACCGGUGGUCGUCAGCUCACUGUUUGUGGGCAAGAACUUCUUCGCCUCUUCCAUGCCCUUGAGGAAAGCAGUGCUAAAGAUGUCAGUGCUGAACUCUCCAUUGGCGAGCAACAGCAAGCUGCGGACCUCAUCAACACCCUUGAACUUCAAGAUGCCUGAGCUGAGAGAGUGCAUGUCGCUGGCCAAGGCGCCACCUUGGUCUGCCGUUAAGGUGGAGGCAUGCAUGCUGGAAGAUAGGAUUUGGGCAAAGGGUCGCUGGGCUUUGAGGAGUGCAGGGUUGUCUUCGUCAAUGUCAUCGUCCUCCUCCAUGAGGAUACGCGCGAUAUUGGGGAGCGCCAGGUGAUCCUGCAUGGCAGAGCGGUUCCUGUCGUGGUGUGCCACUAAAGGAAGGUCGGGGAAGAUAUGAGGGACAGCCAUGGUGAUGACGAUGGACAAUGGGAAUGCGCUUCCUCUAAUGAAUGGAAUGGAAUCAUGGUAGGUAUGAUGUUGCUCUGCUAAACUUCUCUCCUUGGUAUCACCGAAUUGUCUCCAACAAUAAAGGACAAAUAGAUGUUUUCUUAAUCAUAUAGGGACGAUGUGACCUUCUUGUUCCAUUUGCUAGUAC